AACCGAAUGUAGUUUUCUGAUAAUUUUUCAUUUCAUUCAUCACUGUUCUUGUUUCAUUGACGUUUUUCUUGUUUGUAAAUAAUAAACGCUGGAAAUAGUACGCAAUGUGAAUUUACACGCAUUCCGCGUUCGAUUGCAUAUUACGUAAACGUUGGCCAUUGCAGUGUAAUUAAUUAAUGGCAGUUGUUUUAUCAUAACCUAUCGCGUUGUUUUGCUGCUGUAGUGCGAGCUAUGCUUAGUGAUAAUGCCGCCUUUUAGGAGGAAGAAGGCUUCCAAAUCGUUCCCAGUUAAAGUAUGUACACUGGACGCGGAGUUAGAGUUUAACCUUGAAUGGCGGGCGACAGGCCGUGACCUCUUUGACUUGGUAUGCAGAACAAUAGGGUUGCGAGAAACAUGGUUCUUUGGACUGCAAUUCGAGGACACUAAACAUUUUAUAAGUUGGCUGAAGUUAGACAAAAGAGUCCAAGACCAAUGUGUCUCCCAGAUGCCGGGCACACCAUUCAUGUUGCUCUGUAAGCUGUACCCGGAGGACGUGGCCGAGGAGCUGAUCCAGGAGGUGACCCAGCACCUGCUGUUCCUGCAGGUCAAGCAGGCGAUCCUCAGCAUGGACAUAUACUGCCCGCCAGAGGCGUCUGUGCUUCUGGCCAGCUAUGCUGUGCAAGCUAAGUACGGCGAUUACGACGAGAACGCAUACAAGCCGGGCAUGCUGGCGAGCGAGGACCUGCUGCCGCAGAGGGUCAUCGACCAGUACCAGAUGACGCCCGAGAUGUGGGAGGACCGCAUCAAGAUCUGGUAUGCAGAUCAUAAAGGCAUGUCUCGAGACGAGGCAGAGAUGGAGUAUUUGAAAAUAGCACAAGAUUUGGAUAUGUAUGGAGUAAACUAUUUUGCCAUUAACAACAAGAAAGACACAGACCUGUAUCUGGGUGUCACAGCGCUAGGACUCAACAUCUAUGAGAAGGACAACAAGCUGACGCCCAAGACGACGUUUCCUUGGUCGGAGAUCAAGCACAUCUCGUUUGACGACAAGAAGUUCGUCAUUAAGUUCGUCGAUAAAUCUGUGACAAACUUCAUCUUCUUCUCGCCUAAGGGCAUGAACAAAUUGAUCCUGGACCUGUGCAUUGGAAACCACGACCUGUACAUGCGGCGCCGUAAGCCCGACACGAUGGAGGUGCAGCAGAUGAAGGCGCAGGCCAAGGAGGAGAAGCAGCGUCGUCAAAUAGAACGCAACAAGCUGGCGAGAGAGAAACAGCUUCGCGAAGCGGCAGAAAGAGAAAGAGCUACUAUGGAACAGCGACUGCUGCAAUACCAGGAGGAGAUACGACUGGCCAAUGAGGCUCUGAGAAGAUCAGAGGAAACCGCAGAGCUUCUAGCGGAGAAGGGCAGAAUGGCUGAGGAAGAAGCGUCACUUCUCGCGCAGAAGGCGACUGAUGCUGAGCGGGAGAACGCCAGGCUGAGACUGACUGCCAUCAAGACUGAGGAGGAGAAGGUGCACUUAGAGCGUAAGACGCGGGAAGCGGAAUUCCUGACCGCGCGUCUCGUGGAGGAGUCCGAGAAGCGCGCCGCGGAGGCGGAGCGACUCAAGGCGGAGCUUCUGGCGGCGCGAGUGGCGGAGAAACAGGCGAAGGAGAAGCUGUUACAGUUCCUCACCACCACAGGAUCGGGCACAAUGCCUAAUAACAGCACCGUUUCGUCAACAGUGCCGUCAAGUAUGUUCCCGUCCACAUGUUCGCUGCCCGCGGAGCUGGGCGGGGAGCCGCUGCUGAGCGGCGCCGCGGCCGCGGACGGCGACCUCAACUCCUACCAGCUGGUGCCCGACGACUCAGACCCCCACAUCCAUCGUCUGUCGCUCGAGAUAGAAAAGGAGAGAGUGGAGUACCUGGCGAAGUCGAAGCACCUGCAGCAGCAGCUGGACGAGCUGCGCUGCGAGUUCACAGUGCUGCGCGUGGAGCAGCCGCCGCUGGACCGGCUGCACGAGCUGCAGGCGCGCGCGGGCGACAACAAGUACUCCACGCUGCGGCGCCUCAAGCAGGGCUCCACCAAGACCAGGCUCGCCUUCUACGAGGACCUCUGAGGUAAUUUGACCCACCUAACGUUAAAUGUAGUGUUCUCAAGUAUGCACAAGUAAGUGGUACGAUGACAAUUAACAUAGGAUUAAUUACACGACAAUAUUUAUCAAUUGUGUAACGUCAAUUUUGUAAUAAAGUACUAUUGUAAUGCCGGCUCCGCACUGUCGUCGAACAGUUUACCAAACUUUGGCGUAUUCUGUAUACAUUGCUGGUUUUUCAUUGCGGUAAAUAAAAGCACUCAUACUAACUACGCAAUGUUCACGAAUUCGUUAACUUACAUCGGUAUCUGUCACAUAGCCGACAUUAUGCCAGCUCCACACUGUUGCCGAACACAGACACAUGUCGACGCGAAUUCGUGAACAUUGCGGAGUUAGUACGAGUGCUUUUAUUUACCGCGAUGAAAAACCAGCAAUGUAUACCGAAUACGCCAAAGUCUGACAAACUAUUUGGCGACAUUUUGGCGCCGACAUUACAAUUACCUUCGAGCGAAUGUAAUGAACAUUACCAAUUACAUAUUAAUUUUAGUAAUAUAUUUUACUAGAUUCGUUGCAAAUCGAGCUUAUACGCUUGAUUUAUCAAUUCAAUACUCAAUAACCUAAAUCAAUUGGCAUUUUAAUCAAUUAUCUAAUGUUAUAAAUAUGAAAAUAUGUUUUGUCUUUCUUUCACGUCAAUUGAGGUGAAUUUUGGUGUGAAGAUAAUUGGAGAGCUGAAGAGUGAUGUAGGCUAAUUUACCGCGACCAGAGCCGCGGGCAACAGCUAAUAUCAUACAGGGUGUUAUAAAACACAUACAUACAUACUUACCACAUGGUAAGGUACCUUGGGUAGACCCUAUGCGAAGUUUAAAGUUAAUAUUAACACUUCGAAAAAGUAGUUAUAAUUCAGUUCGAUUUCGAGUAAGGAAUUCGAGUAAGGAAACUUCCAUAUCAGCACCCGUUUUUAUCAAUUUCUUUUAAAUAAAAGUAAAUUUUAAUAAUCUAGCUCGGAGAGCAAAUUUAAAAAAUUUGCUUCUGUUUAAAAGAAAUUUAUAAAAACAGGAUGGUGGCGCUGGUGUACGCUCGGUACACUCUUUAAUACUAGAAGUGUUGAAACCUCACAUAAAGAAUAUUUCAAGGUAUCUUUAUAUUGUAUAUAGGUGUUUUGCAACAGCCUGUACAAACUGAAUUGGUUCCUUAAAUAUAAGUAAAUUUGUUUACGAUUGGCCUCCAUCAGAGUCGAUGUUUUUUUUUUUUUUUUUAUUUAGAUAUUGUGAGAAUCGUGACAAUGAAAAUCGAAAAAUUGGAUUCUCCCUCGACGACGUUGUUCACAAUGAGUCAACUAGAGGGUCUAUCGCUUUUUUGAAUAUUUUUUUAUUAACUUACAUUAACAAUAAGUAUAAAAAUAAUGAGCUUUAUUUGGAAAAGUAGUCAGUAAAAUGAAAAAAAUAUAUAUUUCGGCCUAAGGGAAAACUGAUCUCUUAAUAAAUCAAAGUUUUUUUUAAAUCUAAUUACAAUCAUAAUUUAUCAUUAAAAUAACGAAAUAAUAACACAAAUUGUAAUUUAGGUAAUCGUUUUUUUUUAUUAAAUGGCUUGAAUGCCUUGUUUUGUAGUAAAAAUCACAAGAAUAGUGAAAAAAAUAACUAGAAAUCAAAUUAUACGCUUCUUUUGUAGUAACGUUGUUUAAUAUUGUAAUUAACAAUAAUAAGAAAGAUCUGUAUAAUUAUAUGUAAGUGUUGUUUUUAAGUUUUAUUGUACAUUGACAGGCCAUUCUUACCCGGGCAUAGGGAGGAAGACUGUGCACUUUCUUUUUAUUAUUAUUUAAAGACAAUAGUUUGAAUCCCUACUGCCUAAAUAUAGGUAAGAUGGCCCUACAAUUAGACCAACUGUAUAUAUUUGCAGUGUUCAAACGGCAAACAUGAGACGAGUAGCAAGGUGGAAUAUUAUGCACGAGAUUAUCGACUUUACACUCACGGAAAUAAUAAUGAAAACUGUUUUAUUCUUUAGUAAGCAUGCAUAAAAAAUACAUAUGGGUAUUAGUAUUGACAUUGUUAUAUUAAAAUUCUUUAAUUUGUAAAUUAAACUAAAACUAACCAACUGUUUAAAAAUACUAAGAUUUUGUAUACAUGUAAUAUGUAUAUAAAAAUGCCAGUCCUUCAAAAUCAAUAAAGUCGACGUUUCAAUAAAAUUGUGCCUUGAUACUUGUCAAAUGUGCCCAACAUACAGUUCAAAUUAUGUACCAGACCAUUCUAUCUAUGUACCUUGUAGUUACGUAGGAUAAGCGACUCGUUACAUAUGUACAAAUUAAAUUACCCCGAGCGAUAUAAACGCAACAGUUUUUUUUUUAAUUAUAGGGGCAAUGCUGCUGACUAAAAUAUGUUUUUUGAAGUAAAAGGACAAACGCACAAUGCACUAUUAUUUUUUCAUAUACACUUUAUGCGAUACAUAAAGAUUAGUUUUGAGCGCCGAAUACUCUUACUCUAAUUUGAUCUUUUUCUGAUUGGCCCUGGUCUUGGAUGUUUAUCUAUAUAUAUUUGUUAUAAAAUAUAGUAUCGUUGAGUUAGUAUCCCAUAACACAAGUCUCGAACUUACUUUGGAACUUACUUUAGCUCAAUCUGUGUGAUUUGUCCUAAUAUAUUUAUUUAUUUAUUUAAUCGAGCGCAAAAACAGCGAAACGCGAGUACAGAUAACUAUCUAUCUCUCUUCACUCACAACCUCUUGUUCUAGCAUUUUCCCGUCGUGAAUUGCGCGUGAUUAUAUUUGAGGUUUUACUUUAUAAAUACCUCGGAUACGCGGUCAGGAUAGUACAUUUUAUAUAGUUCUUUCCCUCUCCGUGUUUAUACUCAACAUAUUAGCUUUCUCACUCUCACAAACACAUUAUGCUUGUUGGAAUUGCUAUAUACUAAUGGUAUACACGGUUAGGGAUAAUAAUACCCAUUCCAACCAACUUAGGAACUGAAUUUAGUCAUUGACAAAUAUCUUGUUUUAAAACGCAACGACUAUAUUGUUAAAGUAUAUCUAUAUAACUUUACAGGUUGUACAUAAUAACCUAUAUACAUA